AUGGAUAGCAAAAACCAUACAAAGGUGAAUGAGUUUGUCCUCUUGGGAUUAGUGAACAGUCGUGAACUGAAGCCACUCUGCUUUAUUGUGAUAUUAAUUAUGUAUUUAGUCACCCUGACCGGGAAUAUUGGGAUGAUCUUCCUUAUCAGGAUCGACCCUCAACUCCAGAAACCAAUGUAUUUCUUCCUCAGCCAUUUGUCCUUCCUAGAUUUUGGAUAUUCUUCAGCCAUAGCCCCUAAAAUGCUGGAGAAUUUUUUAGCAGGGAAGAAAACCAUUUCCUACAAAGGCUGCGCUGUGCAGAUGUAUUUUUUCGUCUUCUGCGCAAGCACCGAGUGCAUCCUCCUGGCAGCAAUGGCAUAUGACCGGUAUGUGGCUAUCUGCAAUCCUCUGCUGUAUAUGGCUACUAUGUCUCCCAAUAUGUGUUCUCUGAUGGUGGCUGGAUCCUACCUGCUUGGCUUCAUGAAUGCAAUGACCCAAACGAUUUCCACUUUCAUGCUAUCUUUUUGCGGCUCUGUCAUCAACCAUUUCUUCUGUGAUGUUCCCCCGCUAUUGGCGCUUUCCUGCACUGACACAAGCAUCCAUGAAAUGAUGCUGCUCAAAAACCAUACAAAGGUAAAUGAGUUUGUCCUCUUGGGAUUAGUGAACAGUCGUGAACUGAAACCACUCUGCUUUAUUGUGAUAUUACUUAUGUAUUUAGUCACCCUGACCGGGAAUAUUGGGAUGAUCUUCCUUAUCAGGAUCGACCCUCAACUCCAGAAACCAAUGUAUUUCUUCCUCAGCCAUUUGUCCUUCCUAGAUUUUGGAUAUUCCUCAGCCAUUGCCCCUAAAAUGCUGGAGAAUUUUUUAGCAGGGAAGAAAACCAUUUCCUACAAAGGCUGCGCUGUGCAGAUGUAUUUUUUCGUCUUCUGCGCAAGCACCGAGUGCAUCCUCCUGGCAGCAAUGGCAUAUGACCGGUAUGUGGCUAUCUGCAAUCCUCUGCUGUAUAUGGCUACUAUGUCUCCCAAUAUGUGUUCUCUGAUGGUGGCCGGAUCCUACCUGCUUGGCUUCAUGAAUGCAAUGACCCAAACGAUUUCCACUUUCAUGCUAUCUUUUUGCGGCUCUGUCAUCAACCAUUUCUUCUGUGAUGUUCCCCCGCUAUUGGCGCUUUCCUGCACUGACACAAGCAUCCAUGAAAUGGUUCUCUUUGUAUUUGCCACAGUCCUGGGCAUAUUCACUUCAGUGGAAAUUGUGGUGUCAUACGCCUUCAUCCUUUCUGCAAUCCUGCGAAUCCACUCGACAGAGGGGAAGCGAAAGGCUUUUUCAACAUGCGCCUCACACCUGGUGGCUGUCACUGUCUUCUAUGGAACGACGGUCUUCAUGUAUCUGCGGCCGAGUUCUAGCUAUGCCAUGGACCAGGACAAAUGGGUUUCUGUCUUCUACACUGUGGUGAUUCCCAUGCUCAACCCCUUGAUCUACAGCCUGAGAAAUAAGGAAGUGAAAAAUGCCUUGAGAAGAUUUCAAACACUGAAAUUAUCUUUCAGGUGGCGCAUGAGAAGCUUAUAA